GGCCAUUGCUUACCGUUGGAACUUAAAAACUUGCGAGCACAACACUUUCACCUUCUUCCUCUUCCGUGACGCAGACUCGCUCUUGUUUCUUCGACGAUGAACGCAGCUCUCUACAUUCUCUCUUUAACCCCUGCAAUAUUUCAGUCACUCUCUCUACAAAGCCCAUAGACUUAUAAGAAAAUCCCAACCAUGUCCCUGUCCUCCACCUACGCUCGCUUAACUCUCCUAGCUCUCCUCUCAGCCUCCACCUUCUACUGCUUCUACAAAUCUCGCCGUCUCAAACUCCUGAAAAUCUCCCUAAACCCUAAAGAUAAUCUCAAUGCUAAUCCUAUUAGCUCUUCUAAUAAAGGCAAGCUCUUCUUCAUCUCUCAAACAGGGACCUCCAAAACCCUAGCGCAGCGCCUCCACAAUCUCUUCAAGUUAAACGAUCUCUUAUUUGACCUCAUCGAUAUCAAAGACUAUGAGCCUGAGGACCUUUCCAAAGAGACGGUGGUAAUAAUUAUCGCUUCCACUUGGGAAGAUGGAAAACCGCCUUCAAACGCCAGUUUCUUCGCGAAUUGGCUCGCUGACAGUGCUGAUGAUUUUCGAGUCGGUUCUUUGUUGCUUUCUAAGUGCAAAUUCGCAGUUUUUGGAGUUGGAAGCACAGCUUACGGCGGCACUUUCAAUGCCGUGGCUAAAGAUUUUUCGAGGCGAUUGAGGGAAUUGGGCGCCAACGAGAUUGUUGAGGUUGGGAAGGGUGACGUGGAUGGUGGUGAACUGGAUGGGAUUUUUGACCAAUGGAGUGGGAAGGUGCUUAGGAUUUUGAAGGGAGGUAGCAUGCAGAAUGGACUGGUUUUUAGUAAUGGAUGUACCGGUGGUGAGAGCGAUAACGAGAACAUUGAAGAUGGGUUUGAAAGUGAAGAUGACGAGAAUGGUGAUGUGGAGUCGGGGAUCGUCGACCUUGAGGAUAUUGCGGGUAAAGGGCCUUCAAGGAGAUCUAAUACAGUGGCUGAAGUUAACGGGAAAGCGAAUGGCCAAAAAGAAAUGGUGACUCCAGUGAUCAGGGCCAACUUAGAAAAGCAGGGAUACAAGAUUAUUGGUUCACACAGUGGUGUUAAGAUUUGUCGAUGGACCAAAUCACAACUUAGAGGGCGAGGAGGUUGCUACAAGCACUCAUUUUAUGGAAUAGAAAGUCACAGGUGCAUGGAGGCAACUCCAAGUUUGGCUUGUGCCAACAAAUGCGUUUUUUGUUGGAGGCAUCACACAAAUCCUGUGGGAAAGAACUGGCAGUGGAAGAUGGAUGAUCCCCUAGAAAUUGUGAAUUCUGCCAUAGAUCAGCAUACAAAGAUGAUUAAGCAAAUGAAAGGGGUUCCAGGUGUUACACAGGAACGAUUGACUGAAGGACUCUCUCCAAGGCAUUGUGCUCUGUCACUUGUUGGUGAACCUAUCAUGUAUCCAGAGAUUAAUAAACUUGUUGAUGAGCUCCACCGAAGGCAGAUAUCAACUUUUCUGGUGACAAAUGCGCAGUUCCCCGAAAAGAUAAAAAUGCUAAAGCCUGUCACCCAGUUAUAUGUCAGUGUGGAUGCUGCAACAAAGGAUAGCUUGAAGGCAAUUGAUAGGCCUCUAUUUGGGGACUUUUGGGAGCGCUUUAUUGAUUCGUUGAAAUCUCUAAAGGAGAAACAGCAGCGGACUGUUUAUCGCUUGACACUGGUGAAAGGUUGGAAUACAGAGGAUGUAGAUGCUUAUUUUAACCUCUUUAAAAUUGGACAGCCUGAUUUUAUCGAAAUUAAAGGCGUUACAUAUUGUGGAUCGUCUGCUACAUCAAAGUUGACAAUGGAGAAUGUGCCCUGGCAUUCUGAUGUCAAAGCUUUCUCAGAGGCCUUAGCUCUGAAAAGCAAAGGAGAAUAUGAGGUUGCUUGUGAGCACGUCCACUCAUGUUGUGUCCUCUUGGCAAAAACUGAGAAGUUCAAGGUCAAUGGCCAAUGGUUUACAUGGAUAGACUAUGAAAGUUUCCAUGAUCUGGUUGCUUCUGGAAAACCUUUCAAUAGCAUGGAUUACAUGGCUGCCACACCAUCCUGGGCAGUUUAUGGAGCACAAGAGGGUGGAUUUGAUCCAGAUCAGUCUCGAUACAGGAAGGAGCGACAUCAUAGGUCAAGCCACUGACCAACCAGGUAAAAGUUUUGAAUCAGGAUCAAGUUGUCUUGACUUUUUCAUUUUCCCUUUUUUCUCUGUUUUUUUUUUUUGG